AUGAGGUUCACCUGCAUCCUUCUGCACGUACUCAUCUGCUGGUUCUGUAAGAUAACUGCUGCAAGUCAAUGUAAGGCGGCAUCUUACUCCAUACAAGAUCACGUGCUUAUAAACCACGCCAUCAAGGCCGGGCCUGCAGAGCUGAUUGAACACUGCAUAACUCAGUGCCUGGAUCAUCCUGGUUGCCAUAGCAGCAAUUUUUAUCGGAUAAGCAAAUGGUGUGAACUAAAUGAUAAAACGCACGCUUCCCACCCUGAAGAUAUGAAACAAGUUCCCUUUACAAACUACAUGGAGAACACUCUCAGACCUCUCCAGCUGCCUCCCACCUGCAAAAACGACUCAGACUGUGGCAGCAGUUUGUUUUGCUUUCUAUCGAAGUGCGAAGGUGAGUUGGAAGAUUACUUCAUCUUACUUUGUCCUUUGUCUGCCAAGCGGGAGGCUGCUGGGUCAAACCUCGGUUGGAACAGCACUCAGGGUGUUGAAAUAACUGAGAAGAAACUGCUGCCUUUGAAAAGACAUCUGCAACCGGUGAGUCUUCUCGGAUAAGGAGAACCCUUGCACAAAUAAAUUUUGUGGGAGGUUAACGUACCCACGCACUGUUCGUAAAGAGUAGGUGGGGUGGUCUAUGUCUCAUGGAGGGGAGGGACUGUUACGGCCCCGCAGUAAUUCGCUCCAAUAAGCGAUGUUGCGGUGACCCUACCAAAACUUGGCCCAAAAUCAAAUAAACAAAAAAUCAAAUAAACAAAGUAGCUUUAAAAAGACUGUUAAACUGUUUUUUUUUCUUCUUUUUCGCAGAAUGCGGUAUUCAUGCACUUGGAAUGGAAAGUAAAGCAUUGCCGGAUUCAGCCAUCAUUGCCUCCUCGUUCCGAGCUGGGCGCGAGCCUUGGCUAGCCCGUCUAAAUAAUGUUCCGAUUGCAAAUGGCCACCGAGGCGCCUGGGCACCCGCAAAGAAUGAAGUCGGCCAGUGGUUACAAAUUGACCUUGGGAAGGAAAGGCUGCUGGCAAAACUUGCCACACAGGGGAGGCCUUCAGACCCUUCUAUGUGGGUUACGUCAUACACAAUUUUGUUUAGUUCAGACAGCGUCAAAUGGGAGGAAUACAAGGAAAAUGAUGCUGUGAAGGUAUGUGAUACAUAAUUUUAUAAAAACGAUUCUGAUUCCAGGGUAAACGAGGCCGUGACACUAGCGAAGUAACAGCAGGCUACGUACGUCUACAAACACAUUCAUAACUUUCGAGCCAAACAUCCCAAACUUAAUUUAAUACCUUCUAGAUUAAUACUGAAAUUGUGAUAUAGCUGGAAAUUUUUCCCAACAGCGCUCACUCUCAUUGGUUACUUCGAGGUCACAUGACAACUAACAAAGAAACUGUUUCCCGCCAAAAUCUCUGAGCGGGCAAAAUUACAAAAUCUAUGAUGUCAGAGGGUAACAGUGCACUGUUACCCACGAAUGUUGACCGACGACCGCCGUUACAGCAAGGUUUAAUGAAUUUCCGGCUUCAAAAUUUCCAGCUAUAUUGCAAAUCACUUAAAGACUGGUCCCUCGGAAAACAGCUAAUUUUGUUUCCCUAGAUGUCUAGAGAGAUCAUAUGUGUUUUUGAGAACAUAGAAACUGGUUUUUCCAGAAUAGAGAUUCUUUAGGAGCCAGAAGUCCAUGAAAAUCAGCUGAAAUAGUGAGAUUUGAAAUACACUGAAACUUUUGGACGGUUAAUGUUAAACUGCAUUUUUGACUUUUGACGGUUGAAAAUUGACCUUUUUGGACAACUGAAGGUUAAAUUUUAGGCCGUUUGCAUGACGGCUGCCGGUUAUUUAAUUAACCCAUUGAGACCCUCUUUUAUAUAUGGUUGAUUCUAAGAAAAGGCAUCUUCUGCUUACUAUAUUAAUCAUAGCUUUGGAACAAAGGUUUACUCGCUUCUACUUUUUGAAAAAAAAAAUGACGUAUUUUGCGGGUUUUCACGAGAGCAAAUUCUGACCUCAAGACGAUCGUGUCACACGUUCUAAAUGCAUUUCAGGGUGAUGAAAUAUGUGAAUUUUUAUUCCCAUUGCAGGUUUUCGAAGCAAAUUCUGACCGUGAAACAAUUGUGUCACACGUUCUAACUCCAAGGUUCCGGGCAAGAUACGUACGGUUUGUUGUGCUGAACUGGAACAGGUAUAUAUCGAUGCGAGUGGAGCUGUAUGGCUGUGUUGCAUCGUGA